CUGGGGUGAUCCCUCCCUCUUGUAGCCCGGGGCCUCAGGAUGCCCUCCUCAUCCCCAGGUGUUUGUACCACCAAGUGACCUGUGCUCUGCCCUGCUGCAGGUCGAGAUGCCUCUCGAGCCUUUGUGACCGGGGACUUCUCGGAGAAGGGACUGAGCGAUGACGUGUCAGACUUUUCUCCUGCACAGAUGCUCAUCCUGCAGGACUGGCUGUGGUUCUAUGAGAAGAACUAUGUGUUCGUAGGAAAGCUGAUUGGGAGGUUCUACGAGGAGAAUGGAGACCCCACUCCUGCGCUGCUCCUGGCCGAGGCCACGGUGGCCCAGGGAGUCUCGGCCAGGGCGACAGAAAACCAACAGAGGCAGCAGUUCCCCGCGUGUAACUCGGAGUGGAGUUCAGGCAGCCCGGGCCGGUUCUGGUGCUCCCAGCAGAGUGGAGGCGUGAGCAGGGACUGGACAGGGGUCCCCAGGAAGCUGUAUCAGCCCGGCGGUAAGAAGCCACGAUGUGUGUGUGUGAGAACCACAGGCCCCCCCACCGGCCAGACAGGCUCCACCGGCCAUGGCGACCGCGGAGACCUGGACAACCCGAGCCUGCAGGAGUACACAGGCUGCCCACCACUGGCCAACAGCUGCAUCCUGCAAGACUAAGGCCUUGGGGCCUUGUCAGGGAGCCCCACCCAGAGGAAGGGGUCCCUGAGCUCUGGGAGGGAAGGA